AUGUCUGCCUCCGAGUCAAGUGCUCUGUUUUUGAGCUACACUGAAAAACCCCCCUGUGCAUUGCGCAUUUUCCGCGAUAAAUACGUAAUCUUGGGUACCUAUGACCUGGACAAACCAAGUGGCAUGAGAACGGGCUCUAUUGAGAUCCGUGACCUUGAACUACACAUUCUGCUGAAACAAGAUUUGUAUGGGGCUGUUCUAGAUCUUAAGCUAUCUCCAUUCGAUGAUGCUGUGAUGGUGUCUGCGCACUCAACGGGGAAUCUUCAAAUUUGGCACCUUCAAGAAUUGAAUGGCAUGGUUAAGUUGCUAGAAUUGGCCAAUUUUCAAGUCUUCGACCCAGAAACCUUGAUCACGUCUGUACAUUUCAGCCCUACGGAUCCUCGGUGCGUAUUGGUAACAUCGACUACUGGUGAAACGCGAGUAGUCGACCUUAAUGGGGGAAAAACGACAUUCUCCGCGGCUUCAUUGGGGGACGAGUUUGAAAAGAUAGAUUCAAGCUCUAUUCAGGCUCAAGGAAGCUCUGUGUGCGUCAAGCAACUGGCUUCCCGGGGGCUGAGCCACGAACAUGCUCUCGAAUGUUGGACCGCAGAGUUCGGCGCGCUAUCGCCCUUAGAAAGCACCGUCUUCACAGGCGGAGAUGAUUCAACUCUUGCAGCUCACGACCUCCGUUCUGGUGACGUUAUAUUUACCAAUUCAAGGAUUCACGAAGCCGGCGUCGUGGCUAUCAAAAGUAGCACACCAACGUUCAGAACCUCGAAGCCCACCAGCAUCAUCACGGGCUCUUAUGACGACCAGAUUCGUACCCUUGACCUGCGCAUGCUUGGUGAUGCAUUGUACCCAGGCCAAAAUGUUCCACCCGUUAAAUCUACUAGCCUGAAUCUUGGUGGCGGAGUCUGGCGAUUCGCGGAGUCACCUGUAAAUUCUGAUGACAACUUCUGCAAUAAGCUUCUCGUCUGCUGCAUGUACGAUGGUGCCAAGAUCGUAAGCGUGGAUGACGAUGAUAAAUUUACGAUCGAAGGUUACAUCAAGAAAAAUCACACGUCCAUGUGUUACGGGGGUGACUGGAGCUCCAGUGCCAAGGUUACUUGUUCAUUUUACGAUAAAGUAAUUCAAGUAUGGGAAUGA